GCCGUGCAUUGUUCUAGGGUUUAACGAUAUCUCAUACUCUGGUCUUUCCCGAAGCUGCUUUGAAGGUCUCGUCUCUUGUGGCAUUCACCCGCCGUCCGCCAGGCGCCGCUUCUUGUUGUUCCUUCGCUGCUUCGACAAACAACACCAGCAAUGCCGCCACGACUGGAUAGUUUCCAACGCGCCUUGGACAGGUUCAAGAAAAGCCUCGAUCCAAAACAUGCCCAGGCUUUUCUGGCCUCAACGCGGGAAGAUGUAUUCUUGGAAAUGGAAAAGAUACAGGAUGAACAGGGACGAAACCGGGAAUUGCGCGGUCUCGAACGUCUUGAACCCUUCCUUGAGGCGAUGACCCAGCUUGGUAAAGUCAUUGAAGUUUUCACGAACACAACUGUCUUCCUCUGCUUUGUCUGGGGACCCAUCAAAUUCCUUCUCGCCACUGCUAAGACGCACCUCGAGUCACUCAACAAGCUACUCGAUGCGUAUGAAGAAAUUGCUCUCAUUUUUCCUGGCAUUCUACACUACCAAGCGACAUUCGAGCAAUAUCAACCUUUGGACAACGUGCUCGAAAACUUGUACUCCGACAUUCUCGUAUUUCACGAAAAAGCGCUCAAAGUUUUUAGUCGACCAAAAUGGAAGAUGUUGUUCAAUGCAGCUUGGAAGACAUUCGAAUCGGACUUUGGCCAGAUUCUCCAUAGUUUGAGAGAACGUCGGAAACUGCUUGACAGCGAAAAAGGAUCGGCAGCACUUUACGAGAUCCAGCUAAUGAAUAAGAAGAUCGGACAUUUACAAGAAGAUCAAAUCGAGAACGAAGAGGCAGCAAGGCGGGAGCGGCACGCGAGAAGAAUUGAGUCAAUCAACCGAAGAUUGGGACCUCCGAAAUACCAAACGGAUCACCUUUCCUUCAUCAAUUCCAGGGACAUCCCAAUCAACAGGCUGAAGCGCUCUCCAGGAGAGUGGUUUUUCGCCGACCUCCGAUAUCAAGCUUGGCAGAACAGCAACGCUCGAGAAAGCCAAUUACUCUAUAUUCACGGAGCACCUGGCAGUGGAAAAUCUACGUUGAUGGCCGCCACUAUCGAACAAGUUUUGGGCAACAACAUGCCCGACGUAGCUAUCGCUUUCUUCUUCUUUCGGCACCUACAGGAAGAUAAGAAUAAUCUUAACGGGCUCUUGCGCGCAAUCCUAGCACAGCUACUUGACAGGUAUCCCGACUUGGCCACCACUCUUGAGGAAGAAAUAUCCAAGAAGGACACCAUAAAACUCCAAAAAACAGAUGAACUGGAGGGACUCGUUAGCAAAGCAAUCGAAGCCUUCCAGACGGUAUUUCUGGUCCUAGACGGAUUGGAUGAGUGUGCUGAUGGAGAAGCAGAGAAAACAAUUGACUGGCUGGUAUCCUUUGGCAAUGGCUCCAUUGGAUGCAAGUUACGUAUCCUUUGUGCCGGUCAAAGAGACGGCGUGUCGGACCGUCGGCUGCUCUCUCUCCUCUCAACUGUUUCCCUUUCCCUCGAUGAAGAAAUCAAACAUCAAGAAGAUAUUACAAGCUAUUGCCAAGCCUGGGGCAAGAGAAUACAAAGCCAAUUCGAGGCGGAACAUGGGUUAGAGCAAGAUAUUGUAGCUCGCGUAUCCGCAGGGGCUAAAGGCAUGUUUCUCUAUGCAAAAUUGGUCCUUCAGCAUCUGUUUCAUCAAGAUUCCAUUGCUGCGUUGGAGGAGCAACUGGAACCAGGAGUGUUCCCAAACACUCUAGAAAAAGCAUAUGAAAAGGUCGAGCAUCGCGUAUUCACGAACUCUCCACCUUCCAAACGCGAAGCUGCAACCAAGAUCCUGAGCUAUGUUGUCUGCUGCAGGCGAACACUGUGCUGGCGGGAGAUACAAGCUUUUUUCUGUACCGAUGUCACAAAAAGGGAGGCUAAUUACAAGAGGCGACUAGCUUGGAGCUACAAAGAACUCUGUAGUUCUUUUCUGGACUCAGAUACCAUCAGAGACAACUACGCUGGCCCCGAAGAUGAGGUCCGACUGGUACAUAAAACCGCCCGCGAGUUUCUGAUACGGAGAAGAAGACUGGACAUCGCUCAACAGACUGCUGAGCUUUCGGUAUUCUGCUUUCAAUACCUCACGUCGCCCCCAUUCACUCUCGGCAUUUCGGAGGAAGAUGUGUUGUCGUAUGCAAAAAAGGGAUACUACGCCUUGCAAGACUACACGGUCCAUUACUGGUUCGAGCAUCUCCUCGAAUGCGUCAAAUCCCUCGACCCGAUGACAAACGUGGACAAAUGCCAAGAUAUUUUCGACCUUGCCCUGAUCUUCCUGAGGUCCUAUGGAAACCGGGAAAAGAUGGCAGAAUUCCUUCGAGCAGAGACUUAUACGGGGCUUACUGAUGCAAUAACCAAGCACCUCCCAACUCAUGGCCGAGAGCGCAACGCUUAUCUCUGCAUAGAGAUUCGAACAGAGUCGCUUCGGCAAAAGAUCGCCAAACUAGACUUUGGAGCCUUCACUGCGGAAGAGCAGAGAGUCUUCGACAACCUCCACGGGCCCAGAACGUCAUACAAGUGCUCAAAACCCUGGUGUGACUUUUUCAAGGGGGGACUCGUGAGCGAGGCAAACCGACAAAAGCACAUUGAUGAGCACGAAUUUCCGCAUCGGUGUGCAUAUGAGGACUGCAUUGGAUUCAAGUUGGGAUUCAGCACGAACGGCGAACUUCAGAAGCACAAUGGGAAGUGGCAUGCUCGGCAAAACGACGCCAACAGUUUUCCCAAACUAGAAGCGUCCUCCAGCCUUUCUGGAGACUCAAACGAGAGCAGCCUCCACGAAGCGUGUAGGAGAGGCGACAUCGGGAGAGUUAGACAGCUUCUGGAAUCCGAUGCGGGGAAGAACGCAAUAAAUAUCUAUAGGUGGAGCACAGAAUCCAAGGUGGGAUUCCCACUUAGCAUCGCCGCUGCGAUGGGUUGUAAGGAAAUAUGCGAUUUGUUGAUUUCCAACGGCGCAUUCGUCGACAUCGACGAAGGAGCACCACUCCGAGCCGCAGCGGAAAACGGUCACCUGGAAGUCUGUGAAUUACUGAUUUCCCACGGCGCGAUCGUCGAUAAAGGUUCAGGUGCACCACUUCGGGAAGCAGCGAAAAUGGGCCAUCUGGAAGUCUGCAAGCUAUUGAUACAAAGUGGAGCGGAUAUAAACUUCUUGUGGAAUGGUCGUACGCCAUUACAUGAAGCAGCAGAAGCGGGUCAUGUCGAAAUAAUCGAUCUACUUCUGCACCAAGCCGACAUAGAACCGAACAAAGGGGCCCAUAAUGAAGGUCGCACGGCGGCAGAAGCGGCAGCUGCCGAGGGGCAAAUUGAGGCAUUACACUGUAUGCGGGCCUCUGGGAAGGUGGACAUGAGCGUUGGACUCCUCAGAUCAGCCUGCACAUAUUCUUCUGGCUCCUUGGACACGAUCAAAUAUCUACUGAACAAUGGCCAUGUGGAUGAGGCGGACGAGAGAUGUGUGUGGACAGUUUUGACGACAGUAUCGAAGGAAGCAACCAGGAAAUACUUGGCCAACGUCGGAUUGGCUAUCGGCAUGCUAUUUUCCACGGGAAACCCGGUGUUCAGCGAUGUCGAGCGUCUCACAACAGAACUGGGGUAUAAGAUUAAGAAAAUAAUGGACUACAACAAAUCCGCAUUUGAAAAACGCUGGUACCUCUAUGAAAAGGAAAUAAAGGACCAAAAGCGCAUGAUGGAGAAGCGAACACCCUUCUUGAUCUCAAUCAUGGAGUACCUGAAAUGGAGGAUCAAACGUUCCGAUUGGUCUAGAUUUCUUGAGAAUAGAAAGGAGUUCGGAAUGGAACUGGACACUGAGCUUGGCGAAGCCGUCAACAAGUUUGUGAAAAGAAUUGAGGGCAACAGGAGCACGACAAUUGUCGAAGAUCAGCCUGAAGUGGAGGGCAAGGCCGAGCCGAUGGAGACCGCGAUAGAGACAGAUGAGGAGAUGGAUGAGGAAGACGAUUUGUUUUGAAGGGUAAAGAUUCCGUAUUUUUUGCAUUGGCUUUUGUCUUCGAUACAUACUUUUCCGUCUAUUUUGUAAAACGAAAUGUCGUUAUUCAAACUCCUU